UUGUUAUGAUUAUUUUGUUAGAAAAAAUAAAAGAAUCUAAUUUAAGUGAAGUUGUAUUAACCUUUUACAUUUUGUGACUUAAGUGUUGUCUAAACUAAUAUUAUAAACUUUUUAGUAAAAGAUGUCCGCUUACUUAUUUUAUACGUUAAUUUAUUGUUUAAUAUCCGGUUGCAUUAUUUAUCCACCAGUGGAAUUUGUUUCUGCUGGUCUAACAAUAAAAUCAUUAUUUGCAAGUUGGUUGGGUAGUGAAACUGAAUCUUUUAUAAAUUAUCAUAUUAAGAGGAGUGUUUUUACGUUAUUCAUACAUUCCAUAUUGCCAUUUGGAUAUAUUUUAGGUUUGAUAUUAUUUGAUCAUAUUGAUGCAAACAAAAUACAAUUGUUCUAUCAAAGUCCUCUAUGGUUAACUGUUGUCAUUGUUACAAUAGCAGGACCGGCAUAUGUCUUAUAUAGAAUUUUUAAAUGGUCUAAGAAUGAUUGGAAGAUGCAUCCGAUAAUACAAAAUCUUUUAAUUUAUACUGAUAAUAAUGCUAAUUGGAAGUCUGUUGCAUCUCAAAUUGAUGUAGAAUACAAAAGAAUAGAUAAAAUCAUAAUUGAUACAAAUAGCAUCACUAGAGUUAUUGUAACAGAUAAUUGGAUAAUUAAAAUAACUUCUUAUAAACUGUACAUUGCACAACACAACGAUACUGCUUUAAUAGUAAGCAGAAGUGAUUCUCAUGCCCUGUCUCCUUCAUUUAGGGGCGAAAUCCAGUUUAUUAAUAUUGAGGUAAAACCUACCAGGGAAAGAGCAGAAUAUUUUGAUAUAAGAAUAAGUACAUUUGCCUUCAAAGAUUUUCAAGACAAAGUACAACAGCAAAUUGUCAUUUUACAAGAUGUUCCUUUUCAUAGAACAUUGUUGGAUAGAUUUAUUGAUGUCUUUAAAGAACAAGCAUCAGAAAACCCUAUUUAUGAAACUGCAAUGGAAUUAGAGCAGUGUAUGGGUUGUAUGCAAGUAAAAUCUAAUGUUAAGCUAAAUAAAUAUUGUGGAAAUAUUACUGAUGGACCAAGUAAUGAUGAAUGUACAACUUGCCAUUGUCGGCCAAUGUGGUGUAUUGAAUGUAUGGCAAAAUGGUUUGCGUCCAAGCAAAAUGAGAAUACACCAGAAAUAUGGUUGUCUUCCAAAUGUACUUGCCCUGUGUGCAGGGCAAAAUUUUGUAUCUUGGAUGUAUGUCCUGUACGAAGUAUUGACACAUAAAUUGUAAUUAUAUAAAUAUAUUAGAACAAUUCUAUAUUCUUUCAUAAACAGAUAUAUUUUAAAAUUUAUAAUUUUAUAUGAUAAAGAUACAUUUCUUAAUUAAAAAAGUAAAUAAUUGAGAUAUGUGGGUAUACAUGCGAUUUUGGAGUUUGGAUUAAGAAAAAUCGGAUUAAAACUCUUAUGCUACAAUUUAAGUCCUGACAGCACGUGCCAUAAUAAACAACGAAAAACAUUUAAUUGUUUAGUUGCAUGCUCCAAGUUGAGUUAAUCACAUACAUCUUAUAACAUCUACAUACAUGUAUGGUGCACAAUUUAUUUAAUACUACAGAGUCUCUGGGAAACAAUUUAAAACAAACUGAUUUAUCAGGGAAUAAAUAAACGAAUCAGUAGCAUUUUAUCUUAAAUAUUUGAAUAAGUGCCUAUUUUAAAUUAUUAAAAAGUUUUGAAAAAGCUGACAAAAAUGAUUAAUCUUCAAUCGUAUAAAAUUUUUCAAAAUAACAUAGUCCAUAUGAUUAUAUAAGGAUUUACUUCUAAUACUUUUAGAAAAUAUAUUUAAAAGUACGGAUUUUACUAACAUAACACUAAUGUGUAACUAAAAUGGAAUGGCAUCGACGACAAUUGAUCCAGGAACCUGACUCGUGUUUUUUACAUUUAGCUCAAUAAAUGUACCAUGAUUCUCAA